AUGCACUUGGCCACUUCACUUUCGCUCGCUGUCAUUCUUUCAGCGGUUUACGUUACAGGCAAUCCUGCCCCAGUACCCUCGACCACUGCGCUAUGUCCCAACGCGCCCAAGCCUACCUCUGCGUUGAAGGUUGCGCCUGGCUUCGAGGGUACCGCUGUUGUGGGUGGCAUCAGCAAUCCCCGAGGAAUUACCUUGGAUAAGAGGGGGAAUAUCCUCGUCGUCGAGCGUGGAGUUGGGGUCACCGGACACUUUGUGGACAAGAAUGGAUGCGUGACGAGGAGCAAGGUCAUCGUGGACGACUACAACCUCAACCAUGGGAUCGAUAUCAGUGCAGAUGGAAGAACGCUCUUUGCGACCUCGAGAGAGUUCGCAUGGUCUUGGGAUUACAAUGCACGCACCAUGACGGCAACUAACCGGCGAACUCUCGUAACAGGGAUGUUGACGGAGAAACAGCUUACCCGCACCAUCAUCGCUUCCAAAGUCAACCCUAAUUUUAUUGCUAUCAGCAUCUCAGCAGGAGAUGGCCCGGACUAUGAGGCGUUUGACCCUGCUGUUGGUCGAGCUCAAGUACGGGCGUUUGACUUGACCAAGUUGCCGCGUGGAGGUGCGGCGUAUAACAGCUCGUACGGAAGGGUAUUAGGUUACGGUUUGGCGAACGCCGUAGGAAUUGCCGAAGAUCAUCAGGGCUUCAUCCAUGCCGGAGAUAACGGAGGUACCACCCAUCGCUUCAUCGGGGGUGUAGGUACAGGUGUGGGAAACGACAACCCUGCGGAAGGCGUUUUCAAGUUGAGCAACCCAAGACGUCCCGAGAGCUCAUUUGCUGGGUAUCCAUAUUGCUUCCCUGUAUGGGAUUCCAACGCCAUUCAGGAUAGGCGUUUCGAACGAGGAGAAUGGUCAGCGAUUCUCCCAGAAACCGAAUACAAUGAUGAGUGGUGCCAGCGGGAAGCCGCGAGGCCGUCGCUUAUUCUCCCACCUCAUUCUGCUCCUCUCGACAUGAAGUUUGGGCCUCGAGGAGACGAUUCACUGUAUGUUGCAAUGCACAGUAACGGAUACAUUGACCCCACCCAGGGCUUCAAAGUGGUUAAAAUUAGUGGAAGUUAUCCCAAAGCCGGAGUAUCCGGAUGGACUGCCACCGAUGCUAGCGCCCGUCUCAAUGUCACCUUCACGGACAUUCUUCUGAAUGAUGUGGAGACAGAAGACCAAUGCCUGAGAGGAGGGUGCUUCAGGCCUCUGGGUCUCGUUUGGAGCCAAGAUGGAGACAAGUUGUAUGUCACGAGCGACAACACUGGCGAGAUCUUCCUUCUCAAGAAGAAACCGACGCAAAGGCUUUGGGGGCAAUGGUACGCCUCUGCUCGACUGGUGGACUACUCUAUGGAGGACCGAGAAACUGCGAGGAGGGAGCUGUCUGCCAAUAUGUAA